AUGCGUCGUAACCAAGCUGGAGUCAGACCAAUUCGCGGUUACGCUAAUGAGAUAUUUACGUUAAAAAGGUCUAUGUAUAUGGCAAACUUCUAUGAAAUAAAAACUGAUGUCCGUCAAGACUGCGUCCUUUCUCCUACAGUACGCACUAGACUGGAUAAUGAGGCUUCACUUGCUGGCAUUCAAGAUGCAAAUCAAUCCAGAGACUUUGAAUACGCUGAUAAUGUAUUCCUUUUUGCUGCUAGUUGUAAUAAAAUGUUGUCAAUAACUACAGCGAGAACUGGAUUCAAAAUCAGUAAUUAUAUUUUUCCGGUUGAUGAAACUUUUAUGGAGUCGUCGCAAAAUCGCCAUAAAGAUGAAAAUCCGUGUCCAUAUAGCUGCAAUUCGCUUGAUCUUGCUAUAUGGCUGCGAAACAUGGCCAAUGAGAGUGGAGGAUAUCAAGAAGUUAUCUAUCUUUGA